UUCCAUUACCGAAGAAAGAACAUUCAAAAUGUCUCGCUUUGUUGUGUUGUGCGCCAUGGCUUUCCUGGUCCAGGCUGUCCUUAGCCAGCAGUGCGGUUGCUCUUGCGGCAGCUCCGGUAUCUCUCUCGGCGGAAUCAGCUUGAAGUCAUCUGGCAUCUCUGGCGGCUCGAUCUCAAGCAAGAGCUACUCGUCCUCCGGGUCGUACGGCGGCGCGGGCACCGGGCGCGUCGGCGUGGUCGGCGACAUCGACGCGUGCGGCAACACCUGCGUCCAGGGAUCCGUGCCCGUGACCGGCUCCGUCUGCUUUGACGGAUGCGUGCCCGCCUGUGGCUCCGUCUCCAUCUGCGGACAGUGCGGAUGCGGUUGCAAAAAUUAAUACUCGUUGAAAGUACGCAAAAUAAUAUUUUUGCUUAAUAAAAGUUUGAACAACGAAUAUAACUACUUUAUUCUUCUAUUUUAAAUAUUUCUAAUAAAUUGACUAACCAAA